UUAAGGAGGAAUGAGACAUAAACAAAACAGGAUCAUCUCCUAUUAUCCGUCAAGUAUCGCCUCAAGCAAUUUCUACGAAAUCAGGUUUGGAUCUUUUGAAUAACUUGCUAUUGUGUCCUUACAUUUGGUAGCCCGUCCAACAAUGUCCUGAUAUUUAUUUUGCAAUUAUGUGCGUAAAAUAUAGCCUGUGUAUUGCAGCGCAUAUAAAAAUAAACAAAUUUACCGAAGUAAAGCUAUUUUCAUGCAUGGACGUAAGGCGUACCUACUCAUUUAAAAAUAAAUAUAAAUGACAACAAUUUAUACACUUGGUUCUGUUCUCACUAAACUGUGAGGGAAAAUUGGGGGCGACAGAAACUUCUCUUUCUCUCACUCUCCCCACACAAUGCCCCGACCGUGAAAAUCGUCAAUUGUGGCAGAGGAAAAAUAAACAUUUCGACGGAACGCCGCAGAAUCCAUUUGGUUGUCUUUGACGACGUUUGGCUCAUACCUACUACGGAACGUGCUAAAUUCUUAACACUUUUCGGUCAGUAGAAAGUUUUUUUUAAGUCGGAAAAGAGAACAAAUGGCCGAUGAGUAGUUUGCUAUGAUCACAAUGUAAAAGGCUGUGAGGAUUUUUAAGGAGGUCUGCUGGCUGUUCCGCACGAUUUGAAAAUAAUCACCGUGUCAGUUUCACCUUUCUUAUGCAAAAUAGGUAUCUUUGAAGGCGGAUCUUUUGGCAGGUUAGUCCAGGACGGUGGUGAAGACAGAAUCAAAUCUGCAGUGCAACUAACAACUCGCUCUGGCUAGGUCUCGCUCCGGAUUGUAACCGGCAACAAAUGUAAAGUUAAUUUUGUAGAGAAAUUUUGUGAGCGCAUGAAUAUUGCUUGUGGACGCACAAAGACUAGUCGCAUUUGGAGGAAAACAACAGCUUACUUGACAUUUUUUUGCGAAAGCUUUUAGUCGCGCACGAGUUUGAGAGCGCUGCUCGUCUCCGCUCAUGCUGCAGGACGGUGGCAGGACAGCCUGCCGAAAUAACGUGAUUGGAAACGAGAAGUGUUUGCCUGGUUUUACACGCGUCUGCUUGGAAAUUGUCUGGAUUGUGUGCCGCUUUAACGGAUCUGAACAUUUCCCUGUGAGAGAGCCGUCUGGGGGGCAGCUGGUUCGUCCUCCAGCACAUUGGAUGAGGUGGACAUUUACCACACCGUGGUUAGAUCUUUCCCCUAUAGCAUUUUCGGAUGUCCAGCAACAGACUGAAUAACAGUUCACGGACUCUCAUGGUAAGCUCCAAUUAUUUUCAACGCAAGUUAUUUACAUUUUAGUUCUAGGAGAUCUCGCAGGAAUUACUGUAACAGGCAAUGGAAGUAAAAAUUGAUAAGCAAUACGCUAUGCUACUUUGACAGUUAAGUUUCUAAAAUCCUCUUCUCUUUACUUUUCUGUAAUUCUUGGGACAUGUUCAUGAAAGUACAUACAGUCGCUUAGUUUAUUUUUUUAUUUUUUGCCUGGAGGAAGUUAAAACACCAGACAUUAUUCUAAAGAAGAAGAAAAAACAACAACUAAACAUUGCCUAGUUUACCCGUAUUUGGUGGAGCUCUACAUGAGAGAACACUGACAAGACAAUGCCUUCCUCUGCCAAACUGAGCCUCUUCCGCCUGCUCAUUGCCUUUGCGCUGGGGGGCUGUGCUGCCAUCAGCUCCAUAGACCCGGAUCGACCCGGGGAAGGAAGAUGCCAGCACAUAGUGAUCCCCCUGUGCAAGGACAUUGGCUACAACAUGACCAGGAUGCCCAACCUCAUGGGUCAUGAGGACCAGGGGGAGGCUGCCAUCAAGCUGCAUGAGUUUGCCCCGCUCAUUGAGUUUGGGUGCCACAGCCACCUGAAGUUCUUCCUGUGCUCGCUGUACGCGCCCAUGUGCACAGAGCAGGUGUCGGCCCCCAUCCCAGCCUGCAGGGUGAUGUGUGAGCAGGCUAGGCUCAAGUGCUCCCCCAUCAUGGAGCAGUUCAGCUUCCGCUGGCCUGACUCCUUGGACUGCUCCAGGCUUCCUAACAAGAAUGACCCCAACUACCUGUGCAUGGAGGCUCCCAACAACGGCACGGACGACCCCCCAAAGGGGGCGCACACCCAGCCGCCUGACUUCAGGCCCCAGCGGCCCAACAGCGGGCAGGAGUUCCAGAUCAAGGACAGCGGCAACCGGGAGGCCUGUAGCAACCCGGGCAAGUUCCACUACGUGCACAAGAGCGAGUCGUGCGCCCCCAGGUGCCACAGCAAGGUGGACGUGUUCUGGGGCCAGGGCGACAAGCAGUUCUCCCUCAUCUGGAUCGCCAUCUGGUCCAUCCUCUGCUUCAUCUCCAGCUCCUUCACCGUGCUCACUUUCCUCAUCGACCCACAGCGUUUCAAAUACCCGGAGAGGCCCAUAAUAUUCCUGUCCAUGUCCUACUGCGUGUACUCCAUGGGGUACCUCAUCCGUCUGUUUGUCGGGGCGGAGAAGAUCGCCUGCGACAGGGACAACGGCGUUGACUACAUAAUUCAGGAGGGCCUGGAGAGCACUGGCUGCACCAUCGUCUUUCUCAUCCUCUACUACUUUGGCAUGGCCAGCUCCCUGUGGUGGGUUAUCCUCACGCUUACCUGGUUCCUAGCCGCGGGGAAGAAGUGGGGCCAUGAGGCGAUUGAGGCCAACAGCAGUUACUUCCACUUGGCGGCCUGGGCUAUUCCCGCCGUCAAGACCAUCAUGAUCCUGGUGAUGAGGAAGGUGGCCGGGGACGAGCUGACGGGGGUCUGCUACGUGGGCAGCAUGGACGUGAAGGCCCUCACCGGCUUCGUGCUCAUCCCCCUCUCCUGCUACCUCAUCAUCGGGACCUCCUUCCUGCUGUCGGGCUUCGUAGCCCUGUUCCACAUCCGGAAGAUCAUGAAGACCGAGGGCGAGAACACGGACAAGCUGGAGAAGCUCAUGGUGCGGAUCGGCGUCUUCUCCGUCCUCUACACUGUGCCCGCCACCUGCGUCAUCGCCUGCUAUUUCUACGAGAGGCUCAACAUGGACUACUGGAAGAUUGUAGCUGGGGAGCAGAAAUGCAGGGACAGCGGAGGGGCCCAGGACCCCGAGGACUGCCUCAUGAGCAGCUCCAUUCCGGCUGUGGAGAUCUUCAUGGUCAAGAUCUUUAUGCUCCUUGUGGUGGGCAUCACCAGCGGCAUGUGGAUCUGGACUUCUAAGACCCUCCAGUCCUGGCAGAACGUCUUCAGCAGGAAACUGAAGAAGAGGGCGAGGAGAAAGCCCGCCAGUGUGUUCACCAGUAGCGGACCCGGCAUCAAGCCUCACCCGCCACUCAAAGGCCAUAACACUAAGUACGAACCUGCAGGGCCCCCUCCAACGUGUGUUUGAGCCUUUUCUCUCUACAAAGAGUGCAAAAAAACCCAUUCUGUUCUUUCAACAUUUAAGCCCUGACUUUGAUGAUGUUUUGUUAUUACAGUACUGUCUAAAGGGAAACAUUACAGGUUCAUAUUUAUUUUUUUAUGCAAAUGUCAUUGAAGAAAAUGCAGUGCAUUAAACAGGAUGCUCUUUUCAUAUUAUGAUUUAUCUCAAGCAAUGGGAGCAAAAUUUGCUGAAACGUAAAAUAAAAAGGAAAAUAGUGGUUCUCUAACUGUUAAAAAAAAACUUUAAAGAUAUUAAAAAAGAGGGGGAAAAAACUUUUGUUUCGAGAUAAAGACAAUGGAAUAAACAGUUUGGAUGUGCCACUGGGUUGCUUGAAUAAUGUGCAAUAGAUGUUUUCCUUAGUUACAAAAAGACACAAGUACUGUAGAAACAGAUUAAAGACAAUGAAAGGACUCCCCUCGACAAAGGGAAUGAAUGGUCUGGGAGACGGAGGCCCUUGUGUUGCGUUUUGUGGCUUUUUAAUGGAAAUCAAGGCAGUGUCAUACAUGUUUGGACUGAUGUGAAGAAA